UCAAGAGAAAAGUAAACAACGUUUUUUCAUUUCUCUUUCUCAUCUUAAUCAAUCAACUAAUCGUUUGAUUGUUAAUUUUUGCCAAAUUGAUUUGUCAUUAAAUUUCGUUAAUCUUCAACAAUUAAGAAUCGAGAAUGUUAAUUAAUCAGUACUUUUACUCUAAUCCUUUGUGAAUGUUUUUCUCCAUCACCAUUGGUGUUUACUUUUGCUUCUUGUUACCGGUUAACUGUUUUUAUUUUUUUCUAUUCUUUUUUUGUUUGUUUCCUUAUUGAGAAUAUUUUUUGUUCUUUUCUCUUUUUUUUUUGGUGUUUUUUUGUUAAAAUUGAUUUACUUAUUUGUUGGAAUUAUUUGGCUCAAUGUCUGAUCGAGGUGAUAAUCGGAUACCCAAUCGAGUUGCUGUGUUAACGAUUAGUGACCGAUGUUCACGAGGGGAAACGGAAGACCAGAGUGGCCCUUUUAUUGCUAAUUGUUUGACUGAAAAGGGACAUCAAGUUGUUAACAAAUUCUGUAUCCCAGAUGAUUAUUCAAUUAUCCAGGAAAUUCUCAUGGAUUGGUCUGAUUCUACUAUGGUUGAUUUAAUUGUUACCACCGGAGGUACUGGUUUUACCGAUCGUGAUAUUACCCCAGAAGCAACAAAAUCAGUCAUUGAACGGGAAACUCCUGGUCUAGUCAUCGGUAUGAUUGUAAAUGGCCUUAAAUCAACCGACUUUGCAAUGCUUUCAAGACUUUGUGCUGGAAUUCGUAAAUCAACUUUAAUUGUUAAUCUACCUGGAAGUGUUAAAGCCUGUAAAGAAUAUCUAACAGUAUUGGAGCCAAUUCUUAAUCAUGGAAUUGAUCAAUUGCGAGGUGAUAAAUUAAGAGUUAAAGUUAAACACACAGAGAUGCAACAACCACGUAAACCGCUUGUAUUAACAAUUAAAGAUCCAAAUGUGCCAACUACAAUUAACCCACGAUCACCAGGAACACCAAUAGUACCUUUAUCAUCAUCAACUCCUCUUCCACCCUCACCUGGAUCAACAGCGGCAAAUAAAAGCUCAACAAUGAUCCGAACAUCGCCAAUAUUAAAGGUGACCAGCGGCGGUUUCCAGUAUCGUAAAUCACCAUACGAAAUGAUUACCAUGAAAGACGCUGUUAAUUGUAUAAUGACUGAACUUAAUUCAACAAGUAAAUUGGAGAGUCAGAAAAUCAUUUUAAAAAAUUCAAUUGAUCUUUUAGAUCGUCGUGUCUCAACUGACAUUCAAUCCAAGGUUGAUGUACCUUCAUUUGCCGCUUCAAUUAAAGAUGGUUACGCCGUGAUCUCCUCAGAUGGUCCAGGUACACGGAAAGUGAUCUCAUCCUCGAUUACAGCUGGACUACCAGCUGAUGGUAUGUCCAUCGACAAGGGAUGGUGUGUAAGGAUCAACACGGGAGCUCCAGUACCUGAUGGUUGCGAUGCUGUGGUUCAGGUUGAAGAUACUGAGGUCACAUCACGAACUGAUGAUGGACAGGAAAGUGAGAUUUACAUUUCAUCUGUUCCCAAAACUGGUCAAGAUAUUAGGUCAAAGGGAAGUGACAUCAAAAAAGGAGAGACGGUCAUCAAAAGUGGCAAUAAAAUUGGACCCAUUGAACUUGGCCUUUUAGCGUCCAUUGGGGUGACCCAUGUUCCCGUUUAUCGACGACCAAGAGUUGCCGUUUUGUCAACCGGAGAUGAGCUUCGAGAGCCUGGUGAAAAUCUGAUCGGCGGUGCAAUUUGGGAUUGUAAUAGGAUAACCUUAAUAUCAUUUUUACGUCGACGAAAUUUUGACGUGAUCGAUUUGGGAAUUGUUGAAGAUGAGAUUCGAUUUUUGGAAAGUCGAAUAUGUUCCGGAUUAGAAAAAUCUGACCUUCUCAUUACCACCGGCGGAGUUUCCAUGGGUGAGAAAGAUAUUUUAAAAACCGUUCUAACUCAUUGUUUCGGAGCAAAGAUUCACUUUGGUCGAGUUAAAAUGAAACCCGGUAAACCGACGACCUUUGCUACCUGUACAACAGCUGAUCGUCGGCGAUUUAUCUUCUCAUUACCUGGUAAUCCAGUUUCAGCUUUUGUUAGCUGUUUACUUUUUGUUAUCCCGGUUCUUGACCAUCUUUCCGGUCAAUCGUCUUGGUCAACAUCAACUCUUUCAUCGCCAAACAAAUUGUACGAUAUUUGGGAUCUUCAUCCAUGGAUCAAAGUGACCAUUUCAAUUGCUCCAGGUGAACCAAGUAAAAUUGUCCUCGAUGAUAGGCCAGAAUUUGCUCGAGCCAUUGUCCACUUUGGCGGAGGAGAAAGUGACCUUCCCACUGCCUCUUUAAUCAAGGGAAGUCAAAAAAGUAGCCGAUUGACCAGUGUAAAAGAUGCCAAUGCAUUGGUACUUUUACCAACUCGAGAUGAAGUUCCCGAUGGUGUAAUCAAAGAUAAUCACAUUACCAAAGCCAUAUUAAUUAACUUUUGAUUCAUUUACCUUUGUAAACAAAAAGGUAACAAGGAUAAUUUAGAAGAUGAAGAAUAGAAGCUAAAAUAAGCAACUAGACAUAUCAAUUACUAAACAAGAAACUUUUUCAACUUGGAUGGUUUCU